UGUUUGCCUGGUGUACUCCUCUGACUAUCGGCCGCCAGUUAAAACUUUCUCGUCCGAUGGUACAGUCUGCUGUGUCUGUGCGCGUAUAGAUGAUCGCUGCAGUUGAACUGUAACUAUGGGGAGGGAGAACGUUUGGUGCUGAGGAGACUCCGAUCGUCCCGAUUUGGAGAACUACUGGGAUUCGAAUGUUGCCUACAUCGGACUUCUAUAAUCUAAAAUUGUUUAAGAGUUGCCUUGUCGAAAAUACGUCGGAAGCAAUACCUUUAAGAAGAUUAACUUGUCAAGACAACUCCAUAAUACGGAAUAAUCCUUAAGAACAUAGUCGCUCUAGAAGUAAAGGAAAUUAUGGGGAGCAAAGGCCACCACCGGUACCACUGGCAGAGCCACAACGUCAAGCAGAGCGGCGUGGACGACAUGGUCCUGCUGACGAAGAUCACCGAGGACGCCAUCGUGGAGAACCUCAAGAAGAGAUACAUGGACGAUUACAUUUUCACAUACAUUGGCCCCGUGCUCAUCUCCGUCAACCCCUUCAAGCAGAUGCCCUACUUCGGCGACAAAGAGGUGGAGUUAUACCAAGGCUCGGCUCAGUACGAGAACCCGCCGCACAUCUACGCGCUGGCGGACAACAUGUACAGGAACAUGAUGAUUGACCGUGAGAACCAGUGCGUCAUCAUCAGUGGAGAGAGUGGUGCUGGGAAGACGGUGGCCGCCAAAUACAUCAUGAGCUACAUUUCCCGAGUAUCUGGCGGGGGGCCCAGAGUGCAGCAUGUCAAAGACAUCAUCCUCCAGUCCAACCCUCUGCUGGAGGCCUUUGGCAAUGCCAAGACAGUGAGGAACAACAACUCCAGCAGAUUUGGGAAGUACUUUGAGAUCCAGUUCAGCUCAGGAGGAGAGCCAGACGGCGGGAAAAUCUCCAACUUCCUGCUGGAAAAAUCACGGGUCGUCAUGAGAAAUUCAGGGGAGAGGAGCUUUCACAUCUUUUAUCAGUUAAUAGAAGGAGCCAACGCAGACCAGAAGAGCAGCCUGGGAAUCACCAGUUUAGAUUACUACAAUUACCUCAAUCAGUCUGGGUCCUACAAAGUGGACGACAUCAACGACAAGAGCGAUUUCCAGGAGACAAUGCACGCCAUGAAAGUGAUUGGUAUAAAGCCGGAGGACCGCACCAUGGUCCUGCAGAUCGUGGCGGGGGUGCUGCACCUGGGCAACAUCAACUUCAAAGAGGCGGGGAACUACGCUGCGGUGGAGAGCGAGGAGUUCCUGGCCUUCCCGGCCUUCCUGCUGGGCAUCGACCAGAACAGGCUGAAGGAGAAGAUCACCAGCCGCAAGAUGGACAGCAAGUGGGGCGGCAAGUCCGAGUCCAUCGACGUGACGCUCAACGUGGAGCAGGCGUGUCACACGCGCGACGCGCUCUCCAAGGCCCUGCACUCCCGCGUCUUCGACUUCCUGGUCGAGUCCAUCAACAAAGCCAUGGUGAAGGACCAUCAAGAAUUGAAUAUAGGAGUGCUGGAUAUUUAUGGGUUUGAGAUUUUCCAGAAAAAUGGCUUUGAACAGUUCUGCAUCAACUUUGUGAAUGAAAAGCUACAGCAGAUAUUUAUUGAACUUACACUGAAGGCUGAGCAGGAAGAGUACGUGCAGGAAGGAAUCAGGUGGACUCCCAUCGAAUACUUCAACAACAAGAUAGUGUGUGAUCUCAUUGAGAGCAAACUGAAUCCCCCGGGCAUCAUGAGCAUCCUGGAUGACGUGUGCGCCACCAUGCACGCGGUGGGCGAGGGUGCGGACCAGACCCUGCUGCAGAAACUGUGCAUGCAGGUCAGCUCCCACGAGCACUUCAACAGCUGGAACCAGGGCUUCAUCAUUCACCACUACGCUGGAAAGGUGUCCUACGACGCCGACGGCUUCUGCGAGCGCAAUCGGGACGUGCUCUUCACGGACCUCAUCGAGCUGAUGCAGAGCAGCGAGAUACCUUUCAUCCGGGCCUUGUUCCCAGAGAACCUCAACGCUGAAAAGAAGGGCAGGCCGACCACGGCUGGCAGCAAAAUCAAGAAACAAGCCAAUGACCUGGUGGGGACCCUGAUGAAGUGCACCCCACACUACAUCCGCUGCAUCAAGCCCAACGAGACCAAGAAGCCCAGGGACUGGGAGGAGAGCCGAGUAAAGCACCAAGUGGAAUAUCUGGGUCUGAAAGAGAACAUCCGUGUGCGGCGUGCUGGCUACGCCUACAGGAGGGUGUUCCGGAAGUUUCUCAACAGGUACGCCAUUCUGACCAAGGAGUCGUGGCCGACGUGGCGCGGGGACGAGAAGCAGGGCGUCCUCCACCUGCUGCGCUCCGUCAACAUGGACCAGGACCAGUACCAGCUGGGCCACACCAAGCUCUUCAUCAAAGCCCCCGAAUCGCUGUUUCUGCUGGAGGAAACGAGGGAUCGUAAGUUUGACGGCUACGCCAGGGCCAUCCAGAGAACGUGGAGGAAGUACAUGGCCCGGAAGAAGUACGUCCAGAUGAGGGAAGAAGCCUCCGACCUGCUCCUGAACCGGAAGGAGAGGCGGAGGCACAGCCUGAACAGGAACUUCGUGGGGGACUACCUGGGCAUGGACGACCGGCCGGAACUGCGGCAGUUCCUGGCCAAGAGGGAGAAGAUCGACUUCUCCGACAAAGUCACCAAAUAUGACCGCCGUUUCAAGGUGCCCCAAGACGCCCUGAUCCUGAGCGUGGUGGUGUACCUGAUUGGGCGGGAGAAGGUGAAGCAGGGCCCAGAGCGAGGCCUGGUGAUGGAGGUCCUGAAGCGAAGGAUUGAGGUGGAGAAGAUUUUGGCCGUGUCCCUAAGCACCAUGCAGGACGACUUCCUCAUCCUCCACGAGCAGGAGUACGACAGUCUGCUGGAGUGCAUGUUCAAGACCGAGUUCAUCAGCCUGCUGGCCCGCAGGUUCGAGGAGAGGACCCAGAGGAAACUGCCGCUCAAGUUCAACACAACGCUGGACCUGAAGCUGAAGAAGGAGAGCUUUGGGCCCUGGAGCGCGGGCGGGUCCCGGCAGGUGCAGUUUGUCGCCGGGCAGGGCGACCAGGCCGUACUGCGGCCCUCGAACAAGAUGCUGCAGGUCAGCAUCGGACCCGGCCUGCCCAAGAACACGCGUCCCACUAAAAAGAAUGCCGCUCAGGGCCACAGGAGUCGGUCAAGAACCCACCAGAACACCCCCUCCAGGGCGGCCCCCGGGCCCCCAGUUGCCCACCAGAAUGGCGGGCUUAAAAAUGCCCAUCAGGCAGCCAACCAGAGGAAAGCUUCACUGGAGCAUGCCAAUCAGAGGCCGCAGCCUGCCAAUGCAAACCGCCCCUACCUUCCACCUGCCAACGCUGUCAGCCAGGCCAAGGAUAGGAGUAGCAGGCCGCACCAAAACCUGGACUUUCUGAAGGUUCCUGACUCGGGUGCUGCUGGUAAAGAAGCUGGAGCCCCCACAUCAAAUGGAGGAAUAGCUCACAGACAGUCGGCCGGCCGGCCCACGCCGGGAGGGGGCCGGCCUAAACCCGCCCCCAAGCCGAAACCGCAGGUGCCCCAGUGCAAGGCCCUGUACGCCUAUGACGCGCAGGACACCGAUGAGCUCAGCUUCAACGCCGAUGAUGUCAUCGACAUCGUCAAGGAAGAUUCCUCAGGCUGGUGGACGGGGAGACUUCGAGGAAAGCAGGGCCUGUUCCCCAACAACUACGUCAGCAAGAUCUAGACCUGCUGCAGCCUGGCAACCACCUGGAGAAGUGCACGUGUCACAGUGGGGUCUCCUGAAGGCGGGAGCAGAGAACAGCCAAUCGGUAGAGGGAAUGUGAGGGAGAGUGUUCCUCCAUGGCCACUCGGCACUCAGGCCCAUGGUGCUAUUUCCUCCAAUGCUAGACCAACAGGGGGAAAGCCAGGCAUGUUGUGUUGACCUGAAGGAGACCAGACAUUUCUUCAGGGCUGAUGGCUACACAAUCCCUGUGAGCACUGAACAAAACUAUUUAUUGUAUUUAUAGCUUGCUAUUGUUUUCUUUGUUCUUAUUUUAUUUCUUUUCACAUUACAAAUAUAUUGAAAGCGAGUUGUUUUGUUUGAAGAGAGAAGGUAUGCAUGAUGUAUGGAGCUUUCACUUUAUACUUCUCAAUUUUUAUAAGAUUCUUUUAAAUUUUGAAAGGUAGUUUCAUUUAUAGAGUCGCAGAUUCUCUUGUAUAUUAAGGUUAAACUUCUAGGGUUUUUUAUUCCAGACUAGCCUAUUUUCAGUGGACAUAUUUGCUGCUAAGAUGGAUUUUACAAAUAGUAUUGCCUCUAAAAGUUUGAAAUAUCAUAAACAUCACAAAUAUUCUGUGAAAUGUAUAUUUAUUUUAGUCCACUGCAGGACUGUUUUGUACAUGGAUCGUUUUACUCUGGUAAUAAUUAUAAGGACAUCAAUAAUUUUAGUACAUUGUGGUUCACAUCUGCACAUAAUUAUUAGAGGCAAAAAAUCACAUUAUUUGAGUUGCUUCACAAACUGAAGAAGGCAACGCAAAGCCAAGCAAGUUUCUGCAAACCAAAAAAAAAUAAACGUGUACUGUUUCCAGAUUAUCUGAACUGAUUUCAUCAGCAUUCUCUUACCACACUUUAAAUUAUGGUAGGUGUAGCUUUAGUCUAAUUAAGAAGACUUGGGAUUACUGGGGGGGGGGGGGGGGGUUGUGAGUGUCAGUGGUUCAUAAGCACUUUAUGAUCACAGCCUGGAACAGCUGGACUCGCCAGACCUGUGGAGACCUGUUGAUUGGCCCAGGAUUGGCUGAAGGACAUAUCUUACCAAGUAUGCUUAUAAGAGCUGGGGAGUCUGGGUGGAAAAAAGCAAUACGAAUGCGAUAUUGCCAUUUAAAUUCAAUUUACUGGGAAUUGGGGACAAAUGGUUCCGACGGAUUACUCACGAUGAAAAUGAUUUUACGGUGUAUUUUAAAGCCUUUUCUCUGCUAGUGGCAUUUUGCAUUCUGGUUUUUGUAGUUGGUGCUCAGGGAGGGAUGGAAGACGGUCUAGUCUGACUGGAGCUAUCUUUGACACUUUCCCAGUAGGGACGAGUAUCCUAAUCCUCAACAGAACAGACCAAAGGGCAUGCUAACAUAUCCAGAUUGUUUCUAUGGUGAUUUGAAGAAUUUAUUUUGUUUUUUUCCUUUUAUUGUCAUUUCUCCUCUGUGCAAGUCCCUGUUUUACCUCUGCCCACAUUUUGUUCUCCAACCCCCCCCCCCCCCCCCCCUCCCUGAACGGAUUUACACUGCAAACUCCCAGGACUGGUUCUUUGUUGGAGGGCAUUUGAAAAUGAUACCUGCAAUAGUGUUGAAGUUCAAGUAGCCAGUAGAACCAAGGCCUCAUCUAGAAGCGAUAAAGCCUUGCGUUGUUGGACAACACGUUCCCCGUCGGUGUGACUAGCACCAUUGUGCAAUGUUGAAAGUGGCAGAGAUUGUGUAGUCGUGUCAAUCAUUUUAUAAUAAAGCAUGUACUGUUCCUUUUUUAA